AUGGCUUCAAAAUCAAUCUUCGUUUUCCUCCUCCUCCUCGUCGCUUUCGUUGCUUCUUCCGCCGUUGCUCAAGCUCCGGGACCAUCUCCAACUAGAUCUCCUCUUCCGGCGACUCCUCCACCUUCUCAGCCUCCGACAACCUCCGCACCAAGUCCUGCACCGUCCGUCACACCCACGGCAGCUCCUACUUCACCUCCGGCUGGUUCACCGACCUCCACCACCGCCUCGCCGCCUGCUCCUCCUACAUCUCUCACCCCCGAAGGAGCUCCUAGCGCAAAUGGUCCCUCUGGUCUCGGCGGAGGUUCUCAGCCUCCCACUCCCCUCGACAACAACGCCGCUGCACUCUCCGCCGGAUCUUUAGCCGGCUUCGUAUUCGUCGCCGCUUUAUUACUGUAA